AUGGCGGGGACCACGGUAACAAGUCACGGCAUCGUUCUCCUCGACGGUCAGAUAUAUCCUUUCGAAGUCAAGAGCAUGAGUCCUCAGCAGCUUUUCCUGCUGAAGAUCCAGCUGCCGAAGAAGAAACAAGCAUACUGCCACGUCUUCGGGGACGCUCCCAAAGGACCAAAUUGCGAACCUGAGAAGCUCGAACUCGUCUCAGGCUACCAGACGCUCCAGGUGAAUGCCGUCAGGGCCCUCGACACGCUCGGAGUCCUCUCAGCCAAUGAGAAUGUGAAUCGGAUAAUACGUCAGUGCUGCAGCGCUGUCUAUUCGUUCACAGCCAGAGCUUGGCUAGGCACCCGCAAACUCGAGCUAGGCGAAGCAUUUUACACAUUCGUCUGCGGUCCUGGGACGCGCUUCCUGUCCGAUGUGCCAGUCCGAUGCCGAGAUCUUUUCGAAGAAGUUCUCGAAACAACGAGCACAGUCGAGAUUAGAGAUGCGCGCCUGCCCAUUUGGACUUCAGGCCAACACCAAGGAUGGACCUCUCUAGGCGGACCCAAGCCAGCAGUCACUGCGAAUUACUGCUUGUUGCUACAAGGAACGACUGUGACGAGCCAGGGCAUCCUAGCAUUCGACGGCCAACCAUAUGCCUUUGAGGUCAAGAGCUGGAGUCCGAUGGUGCUCUUUACGAUGCGGGCACAACUACCCGAAGGCUUGAAGACAUACUGCUUUGCAGAUAAACGGUUGCCAAAGGGACCUCGUUGUGAAGAGCAAGAGAGGAAGGCAUUCCCUGACUAUACGGUCAUGCAGAUCAACGCAGUCAGACGUCUGGAGACAGUGCACAUCGAGACCGAAAGUGAGAUGGUACACCGCGUGAUCAGCUUCUGCUGUAGCGCAUUUUGGUCGUUUACGGCCAGUGCCCGAGUACCCGGCUAUAAUCUUCGAGUCGGAGAGGCCGUGUAUACUCUCACUUGCGGAGGUGAGAAAAGUCCCAUUCCCGGCCUUGGGACCACUUGCUCGGCUAUAUUCAACAAAGCUUUCGAGAUGAAGAGCGACACCGAAGACAAGCCUGGACUUGCCGUAGCGCGUCACAACCCUGCCCUGAGUGCCGAAACCGCGUCGCUCUACACCAAUGCUGCUGCAUCUCGUUCUUGCUUCAUCAUUGUGAGCGCAAAUUAUUGCCUGCUGCUCGAGGGGACGACUGUGAUGAGCAACGGCGUCGUCGAGCUUGAUGGUCAACCGUAUGCCUUUGAAAUCAAGAGCUAUAGUCCGACGCAACUUUUCACCAUGCGGGCCCAAUUGCCAGAUCACCUAAAGUCUUACUGCUACGCUGCAAAACAGAUGCCAAAGGGUCCCCGAUGCGAGGAGCAAGCCAGAAGAGCAAUUCCAGACUACGUGGUCAUGCAGAUGAAUGCCGUCAGACGAUUGGAGACCUUGCAUGUCGACUCCGAUAGCGAUAUUGUCAAUCAAGUCAUCGGCUUUUGCUGCAGUGCGUUUGUUUCGUUCACAGCCAAAGCCUGGAUACCGCGCUAUACGAUUGACAUCGGCGAAGCUGUGUACACGCUCACUUGCAGCGGUGGAAUGCGUCCGAUACCCGGUCUGGGGGCAAGCUGCUCGGCAAUCUUUGAGAAAGCGAUCGAGACGAAAAGCAACAUCGAAGACAAGCCAGGUGUGGAACGAGCGAUCUGGACGAUGGACUCGGGAUCCGGAUGCACCUUCAUACCCUCCCCACCAAUCCAAGUUGCAGGCGCCAGCGGCACAGCUUGA